GUUCAGUCUUGCAUCUCCGUUGCCUGUUUGUACGUAGAGACAGACAUAUCGCUGUUGGUGAUCCCAUCAAGGCCGGCUUAGUUACGCCGAUUCGCAGGCCAACACCAUUACACGGCCCUUUCGACUAUUUUGAACUCAAGGCUCAGCGCCUCGUCAACAACGAGAACGUACCAAUUUGUACGUACCUGGGACGAUUAAUAUCAUCCCAACUACUUUAUCCUUGUAUCAUCAACCAUGCCUCGUCCAAACUUGCCGCCAACGCCAGGCUCGUCGACCGAUAUCAAAGGCAGCGACGGUACGCAUGCCCUGGCACCUCUGCACAUGUCUUUCGAACUCCCUCCACCUGCCAUCCACGAUGGCUCCAGGAUAUCACCUGUCGACGAUGGCAAGCAGUCAUCUUCGCCGCCAGGUUCCACAGCUUAUCGCAUGCAAGCUGCGGAAACAGUCAAGUCGAGAAGACGGUCCUCUGCUGCUGCUGCGACUGCCGCUGUUGGCACUGGAAACGGGAACUUUGCAUUGCCCCCUCCGCCAACGAGGUCAAGAAAGAUUAUCCAGAUGAAGCCUCCCACGGAAGAUGUCCCCGAUGACAACGCUGCCAGUACUACGAAUACGACAGCAAAAGGCAAGGCUGCAAAGGCCAGCACACAGCAGACGGCCAAGGGCGCUGCAAGUACCGCCAAAGCCUCAGGUCCAGGCGAGGUGCCACAGGGUCAGGGAGGCAAGAAGAAGCAGCCCAGUGCAACGAGUGCGGCCGGGCGGAAGAUUGCAAGGAAGACGGCGCACAGCUUGAUCGAGCGAAGGAGACGAAGCAAGAUGAACGAGGAGUUCGCUCUGUUGAAAAGCAUGAUCCCGGCAUGCACAGGUGAGAUGCACAAGCUCGCGAUUCUACAGGCCUCAAUCGAGUAUGUCCGCUAUCUGGAGGACUGCGUCUCCAAGCUCCAGGUUCAGCACGAGAACGACCAGACCCGCGCUCAGCUACCCUCCAUCCGGGAGUUCCAUCCCACGUUCCGCGAGGAUGACACGGCCGAUGUGGACAUGACGGACUCGGAUGCUGUCUCGCCGACAUUCACAGCUCAGCCGGAUCACAGCCACCCUGCGCACCUUCGUCACCCGUCAGUAUCGCCAGCCCUCCAUCCCCAGGAUGCUCGCGGGAGACAGCAUUCCUACUCUUCCGUGUCGACCGCGGAGCAUCAACGCCAUUACAGCUACAGCACUGCGUCAGGUGCGACGUCGCCAGCCUUCGGUCCGACGCAGGGACUUGGGUAUGCACCGAGCAACGCAGGCUCCGCGCUGACCAGCCCUGCGUUGAAACCGCAGUCAGAUCUCGACCAGGAAGCGACGGCAGCGCUGCUCAUGCUGAACAAUGAUCGGAGAGGAUACACCACAAAUGGGGCCCGUCGGACGGUUUCUGUUAGAGAUCUGCUCACAUCAUGAUGAUGUCUGGACCGGGCCAUUGACUGGCGUUUUGCUGGAGGCUUCAGAAAGGGAUGUAGAAACUGCAUUGGUAUAUUGUGCGCUUAUUCGUAGCAGCGGCGGC